GAUAGAUGGAAGUCUUUUAUUACAGAGUUUAAGUUGGAGGACCAUGAGUGGUUCGCCAAAAGGUUUCAACUUCGUGCGACAUGGAUACCAGCAUAUUUCAUGGAUAUUCCCUUAGCUGGUCUUCUUAGGACAACUUCAAUUUCAGAGAGUGCAAAUUCGUUCUUUAAGCGUUUCAUAUGUCGGAAGCUCACUUUUGUUGAGUUUUGGCUAAGGUUUGACACUGCGUUGAAAUGUCAGAGGCAGAAUGAGUUGAUUGCCGAUAACACAAGCGAGUACACAACAAGUGAAGUGUUGACAUCAUGGGAGAUAGAGAAACAAGGCAGGGAGGUAUUCACACAUGAGAUUUUUGAAUUGUUUCAGGCUCAGGUGCUUGCUGCAAGGGAUGAUUGUGAUGUUCAAAACACAACAAAUGGUGAGGGUAUUAAAGUAAUGUCUGUUAGCGACCAAUACAACAAGAUUAGAGAAGUGUGUUAUGAUACAACAACCAUGGUUGCUAAGUGUUCUUGCAAGCUUUUCGAGUCCAAAGGAAUUGUGUGCCGCCACAUUAUCCGAGUACUGAGGGGUGCAAAAAUAAAUGAAUUACCUAGCCUUUAUGUUCUCAAGCGGUGGGAGAAAAAUUGCAAAAGGGACAUUAUGUUUGAUGGGGAAGGAAACAUACUUGAAGAGAAUUUCAUUGACCCAGUUGACAUGGCUGUGAGAAGAAAGAUAUCUGCUGUCAGGAAUAAGCUAGAAGAUCUCAUACGGACUGCUAAGUGCUCCAUGGAAGGAGUUGAAUUUCUCCACACCAGCUUGUGCAAGGCUGAGUUGGGUUUGAGGCAGCUAGUAUCAGUCGUACCAUGCGAUACGCAAGAAAAUGAGGAGUCAUUUAUUGGUAGCAUCAUUCCAAAGGAUGUCACCAUCCUCACACCUAUUGAUAUCAAUGCAAGGGGCACAUGCUCUAGAAUAAAGGGGCACAGGGAUGGUGUGAGGGGUGGAUCUGGUGACAAGAAAAGAAGGCCAGGAAUUCAUCAAAAAGUCGCACGCAAAUGUAGCAUUUGUAAGAAAGUGGUAUUCCAUGAUGCAAGGACAUGCUCUAUGAAAAAUAUUACACAAGAGUAGAGCACAUCAACCUCCAUGAGCAAGAAGUACCAACUCCGAAGAUGCUCAUGUCCAUGCUGCCAGAUUACGACGAGAGAGCAAGUCUUGCUUGCUGCCAAACCCGCUAUAACUGAGUGGUCUAUCCACUGUGCUUUGCACUGAGUUUGUAUCAGACUUGUAGACCAUGGACCAGUCCUCGCUGAGAAUUGAUGAGAAUUAUGUAGUUCUGUAUAUGGUACUGUAGUUGUUAACCUGUUGUAUGCAUGU